CGCCACUUUUGAGCUUCCAGCUUCUUCUGCCCGGCUUCUUCUUCCCACCGGCAAUUCUGACUCCUCCGGAUGAGCCAGGCGACGCAUAUAUAGCCGCGUAUUCCCACCGUUUCCCCCUCCCCCCUCCCACACCCAUCCAAUUCCCCCACUCCAUCGCCGCUCCUUCCCGGCCCUUCCUCGGCUCCUCGCAUUGCAGGGAGGAGGCUCAAUCAAGAUGCCGACCAUCAUCAUCAAGGUGGACCUGGACUGCGCCCGCUGCCACCGCAAGAUCGAGAGGGUGCUCGACAGGAUCAGAGAGAAGGGCGAGUUCGUCAUCGACGACAUCGAGUACGAUGAGAAGAACAACAAGGUGAUCGUGAAGGGGCCCUUCGACGCGGACAAGCUCUCCGACAAGCUCUGCUGCAAGGCCUGCAAGAUCAUCAAGGAGAUCGAGAUCGUGGAGCCGCCGCCGCCCCCGCCGCCGGAGCCGCCGAAGAAGGAGGAGCCCGCGCCCCCGGCGCCGGAGCCGGAGGUCGUGGUGCCGCCGCCGCCAGCGGUCCUGGAGGUGCCCAAGGCCGAGCCCGAGCCGGAGCCGCCCAAGAGUGAACCGGAGCCGCCCAAGGAGGAGCCGCCGCCCCCGCCCACGCCCAAGAAGGAGGAGCCCACGCCGCCGCCGCCCAAGAUCGUGGAGGUGCCGUACCCGUGGCCGUACCCCUACCCGUACCCGGCGUGGCCGUCGGACUGCUGCUGCUGCCACGGCCACGGCGGCUGCCACUGCUGCUCCUGCAAGCAAGAGCCGGCCCCGGCGCCGGCGCCGGCACCCCCGCCGCCCCAGUACAACAUCUACCCGCAGUACCCGCCGUACCCGCCGUACCCGCAGCAGCCAGCGUACCCGUGCGGCGGCUACAAGAUCGUCUGCGAGGAGGACCCCUCCUACGCCUGCGCCAUCAUGUGAUCGAUCGAUUGGUCAGUACGUGGCGCUACACCCCGCUCCCAUCCCACCACCUCCGCCGUCGCGUCCGCCAUUAAUCCGAUAUGAUCUUCCCGUAUAAGCACCGUACAGAUACGCCGCGCGCGCAUGUAUAGGCUCCCUUCGCGUACAUAUACACGCGCCCCAUAUACACCUACUCUCUACUCUGCUCUACUCCCACUGUUCAUUUCCCCUGUGAUUAGAGGCAGGAAUAAAAUACAUACACCCAACUGCAUUCAUGUACUACGUACGUAUAUACUGCUACUACUGCCCUUAUAAACUAAGGAUGAUCUGAGAUCCAUGAUCAGGGUCUGUCGACUGUCACUCCUCCACUUUUAUCUAAUUAUUUGUAUGUGCUGCUGUGACAUCUUGUCACUUUAAAUUAUGUAUUAUCGUGUACUCUAUGUUGCACCCUGAUCUGAUGGAGUGCCGGGCUUCAUUAUCCUCACCACUCAUAAGCUUUUGCUUUGCUGCGA